CCGGACAGAAAGACCACAGGGAUCUGACAAUCCCGCUCUAUAUGGAAAAGGCUGUGGAACAUGAAGAGAAGUGGCGUCUCACUAUGGCUGUUGAUCGAGAGAGAUAUCGACCGAUAAUCAAGAUUCGAGAUACCAAGGACCCCCAGGGCCUUCCCAAUGCUCUAUACGAGCGUGCGUUUCAGGAAGUGUUCGAGUUCAGCCUGAGUACCGGUAUCACUGAGGAGUUACUUACAGACAUAGCGCAGAGUUUUCACCUGGGCAAGGGCUCAAGGGAUAGCUUGAGAGAAGUCAUCCGACGCCUUUUCAGUAUCUUUCAGGAGAAGGACGCGCUCAGUCUGGAAACAGAUCUUUUGUUUCUUAAAGAUGGAAAGUUUAUGUGCAACAACUCGGAUUUCUUCUUUGACGACGCAGCUCGGGAGCGGCAGCGAAAGCUCUUUUUCUUGAGGGAUAAGAAACAGGAGAUCCCAGAAGAAUUGCGAGCGGAAAAGCAUGGGUUGGUGUAUGUUCAUAUGGAUGGAAAUAUUGGGAACGUGGUUAAUGGUGCGGGACUUGCGAUGGCUACGAAUGAUGCGAUUAGUCUGUAUGGUGGUUCGAGUGCGAACUUUCUUGAUGCUGGGGGUCAAGCGACCAAGGAGACGAUGCUGCAGGCUUUCAAGAUCAUCAUGUCUGAUAAGCGAGUCAAGGCGAUUCUAGUCAACAUCUACGGCGGAAUCACAAGAUGCGAUAUGAUCGCAGAGUCCAUCAUAGCAGCAGCAAGCGAGCUUGGUCCCUUGAAAGUUCCCAUGGUAGUCAGAUUACAGGGAACAAACUCAGAGGCUGGACUCAAGCUGCUCAAAGAUGCCACCUUGAAUAUCCACGUUGAGGCAGACUUUGGGAAAGCCGCUCAGGAGGCAGUCAGGUUGGCAGACAUAGGCGCGAAAGCUGAAAGCUGAAGGUAAAGCGACAGAGUGUUGGUGAGCUGCCCGAAUAGCUUGAAGAGGACAGCGAAGCGAGAUAGGUAUGUUCUUAGGGGUUUGGAUCAAACUGGGCUGCUUCUAAGUUCUCUGUGGUGAUAAAAGCUCUCAGCCACAAGUCUCAAUUGCAAAUAACACAUCUGAGCUGCUGCUUCAACUGGAUCCUUGACAUCAACGCAAUUGCAUGUUCUAUGAUUGCCAAUUGGGAUCUAGGGUCUAUGACUAUGGCUAUUACUUUUAUGCAGGGGGAAUACUUUCUACUA